AUGUCGUCGAAAACCCAGAAGAAGGGCGGCAAGUCCGCCAUCGACGAGGUCGUCUCCCGCGAGUACACCAUCCACAUGCACAAGAGGCUGCACGGUGUCACCUUCAAGAAGCGGGCUCCCAAGGCCAUCAAGGAGAUCAAGGCUUUCGCCCAGAAGGCUAUGCAAACCUCUGAUGUCCGCGUCGACCCCCAGCUGAACAAGAAGGUCUGGGAGCAGGGUGUCAAGGGUGUCCCGUACAGACUCCGCAUCCGCAUCAGCCGACGGAGAAACGACGAGGAGGGCGCCAAGGAGAAGCUCUACAGCUACGUCCAGGCUGUCAACGUCAAGAACCCCAAGGGCCUGGUCACCGUUGUCGUUGAGGAAUAA